UCCUGGUUAUUCGUUUAACGUAGAAGCCGGAGAUAUCAUCUCCGGCAUCUUACAUUAUUCACAUUGAAAACUACUUUUAUUUCGUAUUUGGGGGACAUCGAGUAAACCGAGCGUUGGACGGAAUGAUAAGUGUUUUCUAGAAGGUCCUAGAAAAAUAUUUUUUUGGGAUAUAAAAUAUUCAAAAAUUAAUUUAUCAUUAUGAGUGAGACAUCUCAAGAAAAUAGAGAAAAUAGUUCCACUCCUCAAAGGAGAGGGCUUCAACCUGCUUUGGAGUUUCUGCUAGCUGAAAAAAUAAAUACAUUGUUAUGGAUGAUUCGAAUGGGAUCUAUAAUGUUCACAGUAUUGUAUAUGAUUCCUUUGUUUGGAAUUAAUCCUUAUAAUUAUUAUUACAAAGCUUUGAUGAGUAAUGCUGCCACAAGUGCCCUGCGUCUCCAUCAACGCUUGCACAAUGUGAGAUUCAGCUUUACAAGAGAAUUCUUUGCUCAGUUGCUAUUAGAGGAUAGUUGCCACUAUCUCUUUUAUUCUCUUAUUUUUCUCUAUGUAUACCCAAUGACUUUGGUUUUGUUACCAAUAUUUCUUUUUGCUGUGCUACAUUGUUCAAGUUAUUCUUUGACAUUGCUGAAUAAAUUAGUUGGAUUAGAAAACAAUGGAGAUCUUAUAAACUUUUUUGAGAAUGUUGUCAAUAACCAGCAGAAGAACUUUUUUCGAUUGAUUGCAUUCACAGAAAUUUUCCUCAUGCCUUUGACAAUUUUCAUGAUAUUUAGUGGACAGGGAAACAUUCUUACACCUUUUAUUUAUUAUCGAUUUGUAACUCUUCGAUACGCAUCGAGAAGAAAUCCAUACACAAGGGCAAUGUUUCACUUGAUGAAACUCACAAUCGAGACAUUCUGCAACCAUCCGAAAUGUCCCACUGGAAUAAGAGUGCUCUGCUACAAACUGAUGGGAUUUAUUUCAAGACUGGCACCUCUCACUCCUACACAGUAAUAAUUAAAAAUAAGAAUUUGAAAUAUAAUUGAUAAGAAAAAAAAUUCCCAAUUAAAAUGUCCAAUAACAAUUAUAAUUCCAAAAAAAAGGUAGUUUUUUUUAUACAGAAAUAUACUU